GCCACAUAUUGAGAUUAAUAAUAGUUAGGAGGAAAAAAAAAAAAACUAGUGCUUUGUAUUUUAAACUGAAAACAAUGGUGAAACUGAAUUCUUUUUUCUUCUUUCUAAUGCCCAUUUGAACACACAUCUUUCUGUUCAUAUCUAUGUGAAACUAGAAACUUGAACUUGGGCCUCCCUGUAUUCCGUCAUAGGAUCAUCAAUUUCGUACUAACCAGAGAAAACACGUACGACUUUGAUUUUGCAGGUUUGUCAAAUCUUUCUCUCCUUCAUAAAUGGUUUUACUAGCAUGAACGCAUAAUUUUAUUUACGUAAAAAAAAAAAUUUAAUUUACACAAGAGUUGUCACGUACUACUGUAAAUUGUUCUUUUACACGAAUAAGGUAUCAUGUUUUAAUAUAUCGAUAAUCUAUAAACGAUUGACAGAUGAAAGAUGGAGAAAAGCGUAAUGGAAGAGAAGUUCUCGAGAGUUAACAACGCCAAAGACAUCCAAAUGCCACCGAAGAUAUCAAUGUCGACGGAAAUCGGCAUCGGCGAGGCGUUCAAGCACAGGGCCGGCAACCAUUCACCGGACACCUACUCGCCGGACUCGCCGAACAAGCUGCGACGGGGAUGGACGGCGAACAUGAAGCCAGCGACGCCGGGGAAGUUGAAUUGCCUUUGCUCGCCGACCACUCACGUGGGUUCGUUCAGGUGCCGAAUGCAUCGAGGUCCCGGCCGUGGAAUGAUCCGCGGUGGAUCCGUGGGCUCAAAUCUCUCAGAGUUAGCCUCUAAAUCGCGCCCUCUUGCCGAGUUGAUUUAGACUUAGUAGUAAAAUAUAUAAUGGUGGUGGCUAUGAUCAUAUACUAGUAAUUAAACGCAUUUCUUUUGAUCUUUAAUUUCAAAUGUAUUAUUGACACUAGUAAUUACUAUAUAGAUGAUUAACUUUGUUGUAAGUGUUACCAUUGUGGAAUAUAUGUGUGUGUGCCAU